AUGGACAACAUGAAUCAUGUGUGGAAGUGUAAUUGGAAUAAAUUUUUAAUCCUUCAAGAACAAAAAUCAGAACCCUCAUUCCACAACCUCACAACCAUACACAUGAGUUCAUGCGCAAGCAUUAAGUAUUUGUUUUCACCUCUCAUGGCAAAACUUCUUUCAAACCUAAAGAAUGUCAACAUAGCAAUUUGUGAUGCUAUUGAAGAAGUUGUUUCAAAUAGAGAUGGUGAAGAUGAAGAAGACACUAGAUCUAUCCCCAAAAGCACCACUUUGUUUCCGUAUCUUGAUUUUCUCACUCUUGCUUGCCUACGCAAUCUCAAGUAUAUUGGUGGUGGUGGUGCCAAGCAUAGGAGCAAUGAAUCAUCUUCCAAUAAUACCACUACAAGGACCACCGUUUCCAAUGAAUCCAAGGUAGAUGGUGUUUCUUGGUCCUUAUGCCAAUACCCUAGAGAGAUAAGUAUAGUAGAGUGUGAUUCAUUGUCAAGUGUGAUUCCGUAUUAUGCACUAAGACAUAUGCAAAAGCUUGAAGUGUUGAAAAUAGAGUCUUGCAAGUUGGUGAAGGAGGUAUUUGAAGGAAAUGGUGGUACACAAAGACUAAAUAAUGUUAUCCUGCUUCAACUUCCCAAGCUGAAGAAAUUGAAAAUUAAAGAUUGUGACCUUGUGGAGCAUAUAUUCACAUUUUCGGCACUUGGAAGCCUCAUACAACUCGAAGAGUUAAUGAUAGAAGAUUGCAAGGAAAUGGAAGUGAUUAUAAAGGAAGAACAUGGAGAGAAAACAACAGAAUCUAAUGUUGUGGUCUUUCCUCGUCUCAAGUCCAUUGCCCUGGUCAAUCUACCGUACCUCCAGGGUUUCUUCUUGGGGAUGAAUGAGUUCCGGUGGCCUUUUUUGGAUAAUGUUACAAUCCGUGAUUGCCCAGAAAUGACGGUGUUCACACGUGGUAGGUCGAUGGCUCCACAACUCAAGUCCAUACAAAGAAGCUUAGGCAAAGAUAUUGAUGAAUGCGACCUUAACUUUCAUCAGACCCCAUUACGGAGUUUAGGCAAUACUUCGGAAGUGAUACCUCUCUCUGUUCAUGAUGAGAACAAAAUACAUCUGGAAAAUGAUGUAUCUAUCAAAAAGAUUAUUCCAUGGAGUGUGUUGCAAAAACUGCAAAUGGUGAAAGAGAUUCAUGUAUGGAGCUGUAAUUUGGUAGAGGAGGUAUUUGAAGCAUUGGAAGGAACAAAUAGUGGUUCUGGUGAAUCACAAACUGUUGUGAAUCUUCCAAACCUGACAAAAGUGGAGUUAGUGUUUCUACAAAAUCUCCGAUCAAACAAGAUUACAAGAGGAAUCCAUAGGAGAUACCAUAUAUUAAAGAUCAUGAUGAUGCCAAAUGGGAAUAUUGCGUUGGAUUACAAGUUUAGAUCCCUUUUGCUUCCAAGGAUAGUAUGAAAAAACAAAGGAGACAAGUUAUGAAAAAUUUCAACCGUUCCAUGUCUUUGAAAAUGGUGGUAUUGUCCUUGUGUAGUUCUACCUUAUAGUACUUGAUUCUUUUCACCGUAGUCUUCAACCGCAAAUAUCACAUAAUUGUUUCUCAUGAUUCUUAUGUUACACUAUUAUUAUUGUUGUAUUAUUUUUGAGCCAUAGCCGGCCGUAGGCCGGAUCUCGCAUGUAUAUAUUUCGUACACUUCCAUCC